AUGUCAUGUGGCCACAACCUCAGGGGUGUUGUGUUCGUGCUUGCCAUACAUAUCCAUAAGGAUGACUUCGAAAGGCAAAAUGCUGCUGCCAAAUUACAAGUAAGUAACAAAGUUCCUAGAAAUUUAGCGGCGGAAAAAGAAGGAACUCAAUCAGGAGAUGAGCUUGAAUUAGAAGAGAUGGAAUUGGAAGAAGGUGAAGAAGCAGAACAAAACGAUGAAGAUGCCGAAGAAGAAGUAAACGCUGACGAAGAGUUGGAAGAUGGUGAAGAAGGGGACACAGAAAUAAAUGCUCGUGAAUUUUUUGGUGAUGAAACGGUCAAAUAUGAAAAGUUGUUGGAUGAUGCACAAGAAGAAAGUGCAGACGAGUUAGCUAAAAAGCCAUACAUAAAAUCCUUUCUGGAGAAAUUUAUUAAAAAUGUCACAAGAACAGAUAUAUAUGAUUAUGAAUAUGAUCACAAUAUUGAUUUUAGUAUUGAUCAAAGUCAAGAAUCAAAGUAUCCUGAUAUAGAAAAGGAUGAACACGGAAAUAGACUACCCAAAAAAGCUACCCCAGUUGAGGCCAAGGAUAAAGAUGAUGUCAUGAGCGAUAUAACCAUAAAUCUUUCAAAAUAUAAAAAAAAGGAUCCCGAAAAGUAUGCUGUAAAGGACGAUUUAGUAUCUCGUUUAAAGAAUGAGGUUAUCUUUGCUUUGGAAGACACCGGUGAUGAUAUUUUAGCCGAAGAAUUUUCUUUCUUGUUAGAAAAUUUCUUCGACGAUGCUAAUGAGGAGAAAAAAGUUUACGUUGGAAGUGGUCUCAUGGAUGAUCAAACUUAUUUCAGCAAAUUGCAAGAAUUAUAUGACGAGAUAGAUAAUGAUGAUAAGAAAGAAAAGGAAAAAAAAGAAAAAGCUAAGAUGGAAGAAGAACUUGAAAAACAAAAGUAUAAGGAAAGUAAAGAAGGAAAAAAAAAGGAGAAGAAAAAGCAGAAAAAGUUAUGUAGAAUGGGCAAAAUCGUAAAAAAAUAUGCAGAAGAUGAACCAAAAAAUAUCGAAAGAUCAUUAAGAUAUGAUAGAGAAGAACAUAUAGAUGAUCCAGAUGAAAUGGAAGAAUUAUUAUUUGGAGAAUUUAAAACAUUAGAAAAAUACGGAACCCAUAAAACUAGUACUUUCUACUACGAAAUGACUUGUUUUGAUGAAAGAUUGAGAAAUCAUGAUAUAAAUACGAAAUUAGAAGAAAUGAAUGAAGUACCUGAAAAAUGGCAAUUACUCUCUCUCUACUGGCAAUCAUACAGAAAUGAAAGACAUAAAUAUCUUGCUGUUAAAAAAUAUUUGCUACAAAAAUUUUUAGAUUUAAAACAAAAAGAAGGUAGUGAAACUCCCCAAAAAUUUAACAAGAGAUGGAAAAAAUGUGAAGAGAUAGUUGAUAAUAACUUUACAAAACAACACGAACAUAUUAAUGAUGUGUUUUAUACCUUCGUUGCAAAAGAAAAUUUGAGUAAACAUGAAUUCAAAGAGAUCUUAAAAGACGUUAGAAAUUCAUGGAAAGAAGUCACCCUUAAGACAAAGGACGAAUGUUUAGCCCAUAUUGAAGGAUCAAUUGUCUUAAAAGAACCAGCGAAACCCCAACCCCCACCUGCUAAAGGUUUGAGUUUCUGGAAAAAAUUCAAAUUUAACGGUUUCUUCGCUUAA